CAAAUGGCUUUAGGUGGAAGAGAACCUUAAGUGUUGUCCGAUUUCCUGCUGCAUGAGCUAAGACUUCGGAUGAAAGAGAGUUAUUUUUUUCAUCCCCUCGCUACCAUUCAACUCUUCUUUGCAAAGUCAAAAAAGCCGCAGAUUGCAGCUGGUCCCACUUGCUCCUGCUCAUGGAGAAAAAGCAGUGGCCUUUCAUCGUUUACAUUUAAUUUAAGGGCUGAGCCAACCUUCUGCACGCCUUUCCUUUGCCGCCAUGGAAAUAAAUGCCACCUCCGGAGGUGCGGAAGGCCAGCAUGAGAGCUACCACCAGAAGCUGGAAAAUAAAGCUGAAGAGAGUGCACACCACUCUGAAGACGAGCAGGAAGAGAGCAAGAAAAAGAUGGGGAAGAAAACUCUGGCUGAUGUAAUUCAAGAAAUGAAAACUUUCCUUUGGAAUUCAGAGACAAGAGAAUGUAUGGGAAGAACAGUUAAGAGCUGGGGCUUGAUCUUAUUCUUUUACCUCAUAUUCUACAUGUUUCUAGCUGGCAUGUUCUCCUUUUGUAUGUACGGGAUGCUGCUCACGCUGAGGCCCUACACGCCUACAUACAGGGACAGAGUCUCUCCGCCAGGAGUAAUGAUUAGACCAUACUUACAUGGAUUUACCAUUGCCUUCAAUGUCUCUGAACCCAGCACAUGGAAACCUUAUGUGAACAGCAUGCAUCACUUCCUGCAAGCUUACAAUGACAACAUUCAAGAGGAAAAGAAUAUUGAGUGCCCGGCUGGCCGGUACUUUGUUCAAGAUGGAAAGGAAAGUGAAGAGAAGAAAGCCUGCCAGUUCAAGCGCUCUCAACUGGAGAACUGUUCUGGGAUUGAGGAUCCUACGUUUGGCUACUCUACGGGCCAGCCGUGCAUCUUACUGAAGAUGAACCGGAUCAUAGGCUAUCGGCCUGGCUCUGGGAUACCGGUGAGCGUGAACUGUGCCAUUCAGAAAGGCAAUGAAAGUGCUCUUAGAUCAGUGGACUUCUAUCCAGGCAAUGGAACAUUUGAUCUCAUGUUCUAUCCAUACUAUGGCAAGCUCACUCACAUCAACUACACCUCCCCACUGGUGGCAAUGCACUUCACAGAUGUGAAGAAGAAUGAUAUUGUCCCCAUUCAAUGCCGACUGAAAGGGGAAGGAAUUGUGAAUGAUGCGAGUAACGAUCGCUUCCUGGGCCGAAUCACCUUUACACUCAGCAUCGGAAUGUAGCCCAUGUAUUCAUUGGGCACUUUGUUUAACUGUUGAUGGCAAUCAGGGGCUUCCGCACCCCUUUGAAUCCAUGACAUCAGAAUAUAGCACCUUUUGUGCUAGGGAAACAGAGACCUUGUUUCCCAUAUAACUGAGACGUCUUUAUUGGACUUUUUAAAAUAUAUAUUUAUAGCUAGAGCCAACUGUCAUGUAAUAUACACAGAAGAGCUACAUUUUAAAAAUGCAAAGGGCCUAACAAAUAUUAAUGGUAGCAAAGAUCCAGCCUUUUAAUUACAGGUAGAGAGGGCCCACUAGCAAUUUCAAGAUUGAUUUUAAAUACUUACAGGAUGUUUUAAUAUUAUUUUCAUAGGGUCACUUCAAAAGGAACAUUCCUGACCUUUUUAUUUUUAAUUGUAUCUGCAGGUACAUUUCCCAGGUAGACACGACACUAAUCGUUUGUCUGGGGUAUUCCCUUGAUUCUUUGGGUUACAUGUGUAAAACCAAUAAAAAGGCCCAUCUCAAAAUCCCUUGAGCCCAGACAGCGGGGGCCACUGGGGACCUCAUCCCAACUCAGCCCAGCAGCAUUCGCAGGGGUAGCAUCAAGCAUGUCUUGAUACAGGUAAAAUACUUGUUGCCAUUUCAAAGUCAUAAUAAGGAAGAAUGAUAAUUUAUGAAUCACUAAGAUUGUUGCCUGCACAACUGACCUGAGAGGACAAAGAUGUACCCCCUCCUCUCUAAUACACUCUUAACCUCUCUUCCCAAGGCCCUAGGAGUCCAUUAGACUGAAAGCUUUUCCACCCUACUCCCCCCCAGCAUCUCUCACUGGCAGAAAGAGAGUGCUGGAAACAAUACAAAGGUGUCCUUCUGCCCAGCCCAGAGCUGGGAAUUCAAGCUGACUCUCUCUAUGGCCAGGCAGAGUCCUGCUCACUAGUACCACUCCCCCACCACAAAACCUUCCAAAUCCUUCACCCCUCAGAAACCAACAGAUCACAGUGAUAAUGUCCCUUAAAACCAGAGAAUUGUGAGGAAUUGUGGAGCCUGUAUCUGUCUGGGUGAAAUUAACAGCGUGAUAUCAUUCUUAAUAUAUUGUAUGGAGGUUUUCUUUUAUACCUCCUGGUGUAUGGCCAGUUGGUUAAAUAGGCACCAUCAAUUCCACCUUCAGAAUCCUCACAAGGAUUUGUUUCACCCGUCGUUGUUUAGAUCAACCUCAUGGAAACUGUGCAGCUUGUUUAUAUGGGGUUGCUUGGGAGAACAAGAUUGUCAGUGUUGCUGUUACUUUAGGGUUCAUCAAGAGUGCUAGGCUCUGAUCUUUGGUUUAUUAUUGUAGGGCUUAUCACAAAUGGUCGGUCUGGCUAUUGAGAAGUUCUGCCCUAUACAAUGACUGUAACAACUGUACGUGUCAGGGGUGGUGGUGUCAAAUUCAUUCACUGAUUUUGUAAGUCAAAAGAGAAAUGAAUAUUUUUGUCUGACAGUCCUGCAAAUUCACAUUGAACCCUGACAAUUCAGCAGUCUUUCUGCUGUGCACACCUGCAUUAAUAAUGGAGGCAAUGCAGGCUAAAUUCUGCCCCCAGCUACAUCUGUGUAACCCCACUGGCUUCAGAUCAUGUUCAUAAUGACACUUGUGUAACCCUGUUAACCUUAAAUAGAGUAACAGCCUUUCCUCCUUAGUUCUCACCCUAUGCUUUAGAAAUUGGGGUUCUCCCUUCUGGUAAAGCUGUGGCAUUGGGGGUUUUACCCUCUGUUCCUAUGCUAUAUGCCAAUGUAUUGCUGAGUGCCCUACAGAUCUGACUCUCUUCCCCUUUUGUUUCAACAUGAUGAGAUCUGUGGCAUUACACUCUGCACAGAGGUUCCCACCACUAUCAAAGAAGGUUGAAUGGGCUUGUUCUGAGACACCUUAGUGCUGCUCCUGGAAUCAUUGCGCAAGCCAGCACUACUGCUCCUAUGGGCUACAUGGAAGUCAAAGGCCAAUUGGUGCUAGUUCCUAGGUUGACUACAAAAGUCAUCACAACACAUGGUUAAGUGCUCCCUCUUCUCCAUUCCCUGGACAGAAACCCAAGGACUGGGGCUACGUCUACACGGGCACCCUUUUCCAGAAAUGCUUAAAACGGAACAGUUU